AUGGCGACAUCCGACAGCCCACCAGUUCGCCCGACGGAGCAAGAGCAAGAAGAUACCGGCUCGCCAACACGGUCAGAAAGAAAAUGGUGGAAGAAGCUUGGUGCUAAGUCACCCAGUGAUAGUAGUUCGAAUGCAGAGGACACGAACUACCGUCCUCGGGCGACGUUGGGCAUUCUUAGUGAUAGGCAAACCGACGAAGUGCCCGGUACGGUUCUUCUACUAUCUUCCAACCGGAACGAGCCCCUAGGUUUAAGACAUCAACCUCGACGUACUUCAGCCUCUUCGCUACCCUACACCCCGUCCCGCUCAUCUUCGCGUGCAUCGGCACCUCCGACGAAAAAGACCGCCAAUGGAGAGAUUGUCCUGAACCCGCAGCCAGACGAUUCGAAAAAUGAUCCCCUUAAUUGGCCCAUCUGGCGACGCGAUGCCGCCUUGAUCUCGCUGGGAUUUUAUUGUUUAAUCGGAGGCGGUAUGACGCCUGUUCUUGCUGCCGGCUUCCAUCAGGUCGCGGACGACUACGACGUGGAUACUCAAAAAGUGGCAUAUACAACUGGUUUGUAUAUGUUAGGGCUAGGUAUAGGCUCGGUAAUCAUGUCUCCAACUGCUAUCCUGUGGGGUAAACGUCCGGUGUACCUCUUGGGUGCAAUCCUCUUUAUCAUCUCUGCUGUGUGGUGCGCUCUAUCCCCGAAUUACGCUAGCCUAGUUGUGGCUCGCAUUUUCCAGGGUAUUGCCGUCAGUCCAGUCGAAUGCCUACCAUCAGCCACGAUUGCGGAAAUCUAUUUCUUACAUGAACGCGCAUAUCGGGUUGGUAUUUAUACGCUGCUGCUCCUCGGUGGCAAGAACCUUGUUCCUCUUGUCAGUGCGGUCAUCAUUGAGAGCCUGGGCUGGCGCUGGGUUUUUUGGGUUGUCGCUAUUAUUGUUGGAGGCUGCCUCAUUUCAAUCUUCUUCUUCUUACCAGAGACAUUCUGGGAUCGCACUCCAAGGCCACGUCGACACCGCAACCGACCCAAUCUAUAUCGAAGUGUCACAGACCUGGUAACUCACGGGCUUCACCGAGGUCGUGCAACUGAGGCUUCGCAUCACCCUGCGCAAGCGGAAGAUGUCCCAGAUGUCGCCUCCCACAAACGGACCAAGAAAGGCCAUGUAGGGUUCCUCGACACUGAUGCCGAUCAAGAGAACCCUAAUUCAGAGAAACAAGAGUUGCCUGCUGCGUCAGAUGCGGCAUCUGAGAGGGAAAUUCCGACAAUAGUCGCAUCUCCAGUUGACGAGCCUUCCUCGUAUUAUGAGAAGCCCAACACCCCAUCGGCCCCGGCCCCUACUGCAACUAGACCGUCCGACAUUGAGUCUGGGAGGCUUUCCUCUCGAUCUCCUGCCCGUAGCGAGUCGCUUGAGCCGAGCGCAGGGUUGACCCUGCCAGUGCAGUACACUAAUCGACUUCGUGAGCGGCCAGAGAUCCCUUUCGCGUAUUACCUGCGGCCAUGGAACGGACGGAUCUCGCAGGAUCACUGGCUACGAGUGGCCGUGCGUCCGUUUAUCCUGUUUGCGUAUCCAGCUGUUCUCUGGUCGACCGUGGUAUAUGCGCUUUCCGUCGGAUGGCUUAUUGUCCUAUCGGAGCUGGUCUCUCAUAUCUAUCAGGACAGUGACUCCUACAACUUCACCCCUCUCCAGACUGGUCUCGUCUAUAUCUCUCCGUUUGUAGGAGGGUUACUCGGGACAGCCGUGGCAGGAAAGAUAUCCGAUAUCAUUGUUCGCUACAUGACUCGGCGCAACGGUGGCGUCUAUGAGCCCGAGUUCCGACUCGUGAUGGCUCUUCCGAUCGCACUAUCAACGACGAUAGGUCUUAUGGGCUUUGGAUGGAGUGCUCAGGAAAGAGAUGCGUGGAUUGUCCCGACCAUUUUCUUUGGUCUGGUGUCGUUUGGAUGCUGCCUAGGCAGCACCACGUCCAUUACAUUCUGCGUUGAUAGCUAUCGCCAAUAUGCUGGAGAAGCGUUGGUUACGUUGAAUUGGAGCAAGAAUGUUUUCCAUGGUUUGGUCUUCUCUUUGUUUGUUGUCGAUUGGAUGGAGGCUGAAGGAGCCCGGAUGGUAUUCGUGGCCCUGGGGAUCAUCCAGCUGGGGCUCCUUUUGUUCUCCAUCCCAAUGUACAUUUAUGGCAAGCGGGCUCGCAUGUGGACUGUUCGGAAGCGACUGAUGGAGAGAUUUUAG